GUUAGAAUAAAACUAUCAAAUGAUAUAAUACGGUAUUUGUUGUCCUAUUUAUACGUUUUAAUUUUACAUGCUUUUGAUUUUAUUUUCUUUUCCUUUUUUGUUUCGGAAAGAAAAUUGGAUAUAAAUAAAUAGCUGACCAACUAGGCGCGAACCGCCAGCUCCACCACCGCCACCGCUACCUAGGGUUUAUCCCUAAUUAAAAUUUCAGUACUUUCUUCUAUUUCGAAUCAACCUACCCUAGUGAUACUUUGUGAUAUUAAUUUUAAUUUCUCCGGUACCCUAAACCACCCAAAGAAUGUCCAAGCGAAAGUUCGGUUUCGAAGGAUUCGGCAUCAACCGGCAAGCCACCUACAACUUCGAGCGUUCUCAAGCUCCCCAGCGACUCUCCUACGUCCCUCCGCCUUCCUCCCGCUCCGGCGGCCACGACAAUUACGAAGAUACCGACUUAGAUAACAUCGAUUAUGACGACAUCAACAACAACGAAGAAGAAGAAGAAGAAGGAAACAACAAAAACAACGGUGCCGGCGACGGGGACGACGGCGAGAUCGAUCCUCUGGACGCGUUUAUGGAGGGGAUUCACGAGGAGAUGAAGGCGGCGCCGUCGCACAAGGGGAAUGAUGAUUCUAAUGGUAAGAAGCUGGAUAAGUAUAAGGAGGAAGACGAGGAGUACGAUCCGAUGGAGCUUUAUUUGAAAGCUAAGAAGGAUGUCGGGUUGCAAUUGGCGGCGGAGGCACUCCAGGCUGGGUAUAAUUCCGAUGAGGAGGUUUAUGCAGCUGCCAAGGCUGUGGAUGCCGGACUCGUUGAGUAUGAUUCGGAUGAUAAUCCUAUCGUCGUUGUUGAUAAGAAGAAGAUCGAGCCGAUUCCAGCUCUUGAUCACAGUUUAAUCGACUACGAGCCCUUCAACAAGGACUUUUAUGAUGAAAAACCUUCCAUUUCAGGAAUGAGUGAGCAGGAGGUUGCUGAUUAUAGGAAGAGUGUAGCAAUUCGUGUUUCUGGAUUUGAUGUUCCGAGGCCAAUCAAGAUGUUUGAAGAUUGUGGGUUUUCAGUGGAGCUCAUGAGAGCUAUUGCAAAACAGGCGUAUCAGAAGCCAACACCUAUACAAUGCCAAGCUUUGCCUGUCGUGCUCUCCGGGAGAGAUAUUAUCGGUAUUGCGAAAACUGGUUCCGGAAAGACUGCAUCUUUUGUUCUUCCGAUGAUUACACAUAUCAUGGAUCAACCUGAACUUGGAAAAGAAGAAGGCCCCAUUGGAGUAAUAUGUGCACCAACUAGGGAACUAGCCCAUCAGAUUUAUGUGGAGGCAAAGAAGUUUGCAAAAUCACAUGGUAUCCGUGUCUCUGCUGUUUAUGGUGGGAUGUCAAAGCUCGAUCAGUUCAAGGAACUAAAAGCAGGAUGUGAGAUAGUUGUUGCUACACCUGGUAGAUUGAUAGAUAUGCUGAAGAUGAAGGCUUUGACAAUGUCACGAUCAACAUACCUGGUACUUGACGAGGCUGAUCGGAUGUUUGACCUGGGAUUCGAGCCACAGAUAAGAUCUAUUGUUGGCCAAAUUAGGCCAGAUCGACAAACUUUACUCUUUUCAGCAACUAUGCCCCGAAAAGUUGAAAAGCUUGCAAGGGAGAUACUGACUGACCCUAUUCGGGUGACUGUUGGGGAGGUUGGUAUGGCAAAUGAGGACAUCACUCAGGUUGUUCAGGUGAUUACUUCAGAUUCUGAGAAGUUGUCUUGGCUUCUUGAGAAUCUCCCUGCAUUGAUUGAUGAAGGUGAUGUCUUAGUGUUUGCUUCAAAGAAGGCCACAGUUGAUGACCUUGAAUCACAGUUGGCCAAGAAUGGGUUUAAAGUUGCAGCACUUCAUGGCGACAAGGAUCAGGCUUCUCGUGUUGAAGUACUGCAAAAGUUCAAAAAUGGAACUUUUCAUGUUCUAAUUGCGACUGAUGUUGCAGCUCGAGGUCUGGACAUCAAGUCAAUUAAGUCAGUGGUAAACUUUGAUAUAGCCAAGGACAUGGAUAUGCAUGUCCAUAGAAUUGGAAGAACUGGACGUGCUGGUGACAAAGAUGGUACUGCAUAUACUCUCAUCACGCAGAAGGAGGCUCGAUUUGCUGGUGAACUGGUCAACAGUUUGAUUGCUGCUGGUCAGAAUGUGUCUGCGGAACUAAUGGAUCUUGCUAUGAAGGAUGGGAGGUUCAGAUCCAAACGUGAUGCCAGGAAAGGAGGUGGGAAAAAGGCUAGGGGACGGGGAGGUGCAGGAAAAGGAGUGCGUGGUGUAGAUUUUGGCUUGGGUAUAGGCUAUAGUGCUGAGCCAAGCAAUAUACCAUCCUCAAAUGCUGCACCGAGUCGGACUGCGGCAGUUAAUUCCCUGAGAACUGGGAUGAUGUCACAAUUUAAGAGCAACUUUGUUGCUGCGUCAUCAAAUUCCCAAAAUCAGGCCGUGAACAGUAGUUCGAGCAUGUUUCCCAACAAGAGGCCAGUUUUACAAGGUUUUGUUUCCGGUGGGACUAUUGGUGGAAACAGUAACAGUUCCCCUUCAUUUAGUCAUGUUAAUGCUCCAGCGAAUCCAAGUGGAAAUACCUUUAUGAGAAAUGCAAGAGAUGAAGCUGCAAAAAAAGAUUCUGAAGGGUCAAGGGAUCGACCUAGAGAGAGGCGGAGGCCCUCAGGCUGGGAUCGUUAAGUUGUAAACAGUUUAGUUCGAGAUCAGAACUUUAUUAUUGGGGGGUUCUGGUACAUUUGGUCUUGUUUGUAUUUGUAAUUCAUCCUAAAGUUAGGUUAUUUUUCCCAUUAGUAGUGUAGCAGUCAUAGAAAUUUGAGUAAAUACUGGUCCAAAUUUUGUUUGUAUACUACCUCUUAUCUGAGCCUUGAGAGUGGUGUUCCUAUAUAUUCAGUUCCUUAUUUCUCUGUUAAAAAUUUCGAAGGUUUCUUCUUGGAGGAAUAUGUUUUGUGCUUUCCAUAGGAAGAGAACGCUGAAGGAAAGUUGGAUUGAAGCUUUCAUGGCCUUGAGCUGAUGGAGAGAAGAUCGUCUUGAACUAGAAAGAACUGUGAAUCUCAGAUUGCUGGAUCUAAUUACUGUUGUAGCCUGCUGUGAUAACUAGUGCCAUGGAACUUCGGCUGAAUUUUUUGUGUUUCUCUGAAAGUUUGCCACAGUAACUUGUACAUUUUUUGUAUACAAUGUUUCCUUCGCAUGCUGAAAAAUGCUUUUAUUGCUGUGUGUUGUUCAGCCAAGCUCAGCGUGCUUAUUUUACGUCAACUUAAAGUACAAUUUACGACAUUUAUGUAUUUCAAUGAAGUUUCUUCAUGUUGAGAGAGAUGUUAGGUAAUGAACAGAUGGCAUGUAAAUAUGAGAAGAAAAACAGGAAGUCUAAUAACAAUUGAGACAAAACCUAAAUAAAAUGUUUAUAUUCUAUAUAUGUAUAGAGUAUGGUGUGGUUUUUGCAUUGGAUUUCACUUGGUGUCUUUGUCUCCAUUCAUCUUGUUCAAUACAAACCAGUGACGUAGGAAGAAGGCGGGGGGACUAUCACCGGCCUUGCGGAUUCACAAUUUGGGAAAAUAUGUCAUCAGUGUUGCCAUCAUCCCCUGUCAUAUCUGUUUCACUCUCAAGACUCAAUGUGCUUCUGUGCAUGGCCAGGAGGUCAAUACUACUACUAUCCUGAGGUUCUCUUUUGCUCUCUGAGCCGGCCAAUGAUGCAGAUUUGGUAAGGCCGUCGGGGUUUUCAUGCAAUUGGAGGGCAUACUCGAGAUUCCACAACACAUCACCCAUGGAAGGGCGAUCAAUGCCGUGGUCGGACAGGCAUUUCUCAGCGGUCUCAGCAAAUUUCUUGAGGCAUUCGGGAUGGAUUUUUCCUUUGAGCUGAGGAUCAACGAUGUCUUCCAAGGUUCCUUUCCUUUGGCAGUGCAUAGCAUAAUCAGCCAGGCUGACUUGCUCUUUUGGAAGGCUUGGGUUGAGGGCUGGCCGGGCGCACAAAACUUCAAAUAGGACCACCCCAAAUGAAUACACAUCGGAUUUCUCAGUCAACUGUUGCCUCCUGAAGUACUCAGGAUCCAGGUAACCGAAGCUGCCUUUCACUACAGUGCUAACAUGUCCUUGAUUCAUGUUUGGACCUGUUUUUGAUAGCCCGAAAUCUGACACUUUUGCGACCCAUUUAUCAUCCACAAGUAUAUUUGUAGUCUUGACAUCCCUGUGGAUGAUGGUGUAUUUCGCACCUGUGUGCAGAUAAUGUAGGCCCCUAGCUGCGCCGAUGCAUAUUUCCAGCCUUUGUUUCCAGGAUAAUACAAUCUUGUUACCUUUAUAAAGAUGUUCUCUCAAAGUUCCUUUCCCCAUAUAGUCAUAAACUAAUACCAUCUCAUUGCCUUCUUCGCAGAAGCCAAUUAAAGAGACUAAAUGCCUGUGUCUCAGCUUAGAAAGCAUUUCAAUCUCAGUCUGGAAUUCAUUAACUCCUUGUUCUGAUGAAGGGUUGGAACGCUUGAUGGCUACUUUUGUGUCACCAUCUAUGACACCUUUAUAGACCUUUCCGAAUCCUCCAACUCCAAUGACGUUGGAUUCAUCAAAGUUCUUGGUCGCUUGCUUGAUCUCUGCCAGGGAGAAAUAGCGACAAUUACAUGCGGCAUCAGAGGAUAUGUUGGCCGUGCUGCCGUUGGACUUGCUACCUCCAGAAGAGGAAGUGUGGGAGUUUCCGUAUAUCGGUAGCCAGCUGGUGACCCCAACAUCAGAGCCAAGGGCUCUCUUUUUCCUGCUUUGAGCUAUGAAAACUAUGACUGCAGCAACGCCGAAUGCUGCAGCUCCUCCAGCAGCACCACCAAUGAGGGCACCCGUGUCUGUCUUCUUUUGCUCGGCAAAUGCCUUUGGUUUCUCCUCAGAUUCUAAAUGCUUCCUCAUCAAAUCUGAAAUGAUUGGAUUAGGCCCUGCAAGAUUUGAUUUUGCAUCACUCAGUUUGAAAACUUCCAGGCCAUUAAGAAGGGCAUCGAUGUAUUGUGAUUUUGUGGAGGUCAAGGGAUGAAGAUCCACCCUGAGCAGAUGCUGAUCAUCCUUGCCAUCUGCAACAUAAGUUACAUAAUCUUUUCUCAUCGGGGUUGCCUUCUCGCUUGUCCAUCCGUAUAUAUCAGCUACGCUUUCAGCCGUCUUGUUGUUGAGAAGCACGGAAAACACACGCUGGUUCAACUUAUCAAACUCCCAAUCACACCAGUGAAACCUUACCAGGUAAGUAAAAUUGGAUUCCACCUGGAAAACCCAAGUGAGGUUGAAAUUCUUAUUGACUUUUGGAUCAGGCCCCAUGGAUCUCGCGGUCCUGUACACGUCCAAAGGUGCAGUAUACUCGGGUAAUUUCUUGUAACUAAUGGUGUCGUUUGAUUCCAGGGAAACCCCGACUCCGGCGCCAUAUAUAUAAGGAGUAUCGUCAUACCAACUUCUCAUCAGGCCUGCAGAAUCAUUCUUAGCUGAGAUGUACUGGCCGCCCACAUUGAUCCUAAACAUGGUCUGCAAGCUAGAUGCCCCAAUAGACAUCAUGCUUUCGGUAUCUCCGAAAUUAGUACUACCAUCAUUUUGAGAGCCAACGCCUGACAGUGCCACCUCCUGAUCGAAUAUUUCAGGAGGCGAAAUCACCUCAAUCCCAUUUACGAACGCAAAAGACUGAUUCUGGGCAGGAGAGUUUCCAUCAGGCCUGAAAGUGAGAUUCAGGGUUGGAGAAUCAAUAGGAGCCAGGAAAUACUCCCGGAUGAUGUAGCCCUGGGAGAGAGCCUCGGCUGUGAUGAACGCGCUGAAAUUGCUCAACAAUGUGAAACCUCCGGCAUGAACUGAGAAAUAGGAGUUGGAGAUGUUGAAUCCCGGGUAGGAAGAGGGGUAGAAAUGGAGCCUGAGAAGAAGCCGGGCGGUCGAAUUGGGAUUUGGGAAUUGGUAGGUUGUCUCGGUGGUGAAAAUCCUGGCAGUCAUGUAAGGCACAUCAGAAGGGAGGGAUGGAUCUUGUGUUUCAGCCUUGGCUACAACGGAUGAGUUUUUGUUGCCAUUAUCUUGAAGGAAUUUGGAAUCAGAAUCCCAUUUUCGGCCAUCAGAAUCUGUGGCAGAUGCUCCAUCAGGAGAUCCACAGCUCAAAACCAAUGAUGAUGGAGCAGCAUUUUUAGGAGGAAGGGGGGCUGCAUUAUUAAGGGAGGAACCAAGGAGGAGGUAGAAACCUGCAAAUAGUAAUGCCAAAAUGUGGUGAUGACGAUCAAAACAGGGGAUUUUGGUUUGCAUGACUACUGCAUAAUAAAGAAAACCAAAGCGAAAAAUCCUAUUGUUUCUGGCGUACAGAAAAGAGUACACAAACAAUAUGUCAAUCUUCCUGUACGCCUUAGCUGAAAAGAUUCUGAAUUUCUUUUUGGUGCUUUUUUUUUUUUUGUUCUUUUUUUGGUUUGUUUUGUUUAACGUAUUGUGGAAGAAAAUGGUCUUGAAUUAGACCAUAACCCCAUCAUUCAAUUCUCGGAAUCUCCAAACCAAAAACACAAAAAAAGAAAAGGUGAAAUCUUGGGGAGUUUUGAUUAUCAUACAAUCUUGUCUGUCCUUUGGUUGUUUCUGGUUUUCCUCUGAACAAAGUUUUGGUUUGCAUCCCUCCUGGAAGUUGGGAAUUGAUGGGUGAGAGCC